AUGAAAAUCGUAACGAUCUUUUUGAAUCGUUUCCGACACGGUUUGAUAUCGUUGAUGCUAAUUGGCUUUUCCGCUCUCGUUCUGGGUACGCUAAUCGCCGUGUUCGAUCCAUUUCAAUUAAUACUCAAAUGGAAACUCGUAAUGGUCGAAGGUGACGAGACGUUCGAGAUGUGGAAAACACCAGCAGCAGCCGUUUACUUAAAGGUAUACAUAUUCAACAUAACGAACCGUGAAGAUUUCUUGUCUGGGAGAGACGAAAAACUGAGGUUUCAAGAAGUCGGACCAUAUGUUUACAGGGAAAAUUCGGCACACAAAAACGUAACGUUUAAUUCUAACGAUACGCUGACGAUGACGCCUGUAUUUCCGUUGACAUGGGUGCCGGAACUGAAUGCUGGAAAAGAAGACGACGUGUUUAUAUUACCAAACAUUGCUCUCCUGAGUUUUGCCAGUGUUAUGUCAGAAGCCUCUUUGAUCACCAGGAUGGGUGUCAAUCUACUUAUUCGCCAAACGAAAUCCAAACCGUUUAUCAGACAAACGGCUAAGGAGUUCAUGUUUGGUUACGAAAGUCCAUUAGUGACUAUAGGCAACAAGUUCUUGCCGUCUUGGAUCGCGUUUGACAAGCUGGGCCUUAUAGACAGAAUGUACGACUUCACCGGCGACAGUGCAACGAUUUACACAGGAGCAGGAGACGUGUCCAAGUCCGGGACCAUAGAGAACUAUAACAAUAGACCAUAUCUGCCUCAAUGGCCAGCGGCCCCUUGUAACAAAGUUUCGGGUGCUUCGGAUGGUACUAAGUUUCCAUCUGUAUCAGACGACGGCACACAAAUGAUGUUUUUCAGGAAGUCUCUCUGCAGAGCAAUUCCGAUGGUAAAAAAUAGUGAACUGUUUUUGAACUCCGGCUUGCAAGUGAAUAAGUAUAUUUUCGAAAACGGAUCAUUGGACAACGGUGCCGACAACCCGGCUAAUAAGUGUUUUUGCCGUAAAAACAAAUGUUUGAAACCGGGGCUGAUCGAUGUCACCGACUGUUAUUAUGGUUUUCCUAUCGCAUUGUCUUACCCUCACUUUUACAAGUCCGACCAAUCGAUAUUAGACGCCAUCGACGGAAUGACUCCUGAUCAAGAACAGCACGAAACCUACUUCCUCAUCAACCCGGAAACGGGUAUGCCCACACAAUUGUACGUCAGAAUGCAAAUUAACAUUGCUCUAGGUGACAUAUCGGACAUGGCAAACACGGAACAUUGUAGCAACUUGGUUAUACCAUUAGUUUGGACUGAGAUUGGAUUCGAAAAGCUACCCGACGACAUGCUGAACAAGUUCUUCGUGUACCUUCGGGUCGGGCCGGUCUUGUUCGUCGGGCUCAAGUACGCGCUGCUGGUCGGCGGCGUGGCGUUCGUCGCGCUCACCGUGUUCGCGUCUCUGUUCAUACCCGUCGACGACGAGCUGAGGUACCGCAACUCGUCGGCGUGGCGCCGCGAAAGUCAGACGCUGACCACGCGGGACACCACACCUACGAUACGCGUGCCCAUACCCGCGGCCGUCGUGGCCGGCAAGGAGAUGAACACGUACUACAACUCGCUGCUGGACGGUGACGGCGCGGCCCGGCUCAACGACGACCUGUGCGACAGGCUGGACGUGGUGCACGAGGAGAGGUCGUUCAGGAGCAGUUGCACCGGAUCGGAGGACGACGACGACGAAAACGACCGAAUCGUCUGA